GAACUUCAUCCCCCUGCGACGGUCGGUUCACCAGUGACCAUGCCUGUGCAAAUAUACAAAGAAGUAGCCGUCUGUUUCAUUUUUAAAUUCAGCCUUUCAAGGCCCAACCGACCUCCCAGAGUCGCCCUCUUCAAACGGAGCGGGGAAGUCCGCACAUACCGACAUUUAUAUGCGCCUAUAUCCGGAAGCAUAGACCCAAAGGACGAUACGCCGCUAGACACUGCAUGGCGCGAACUCCGGGAAGAGACGAGGCUUGACGCUCACAGCCUGCGAUAUUUCAGACAGGGAAAGCCCUACACCUUUACAGAUGAAUCCAUCGGGAGGCGAUGGGCCAUUCAUCCAUUUGGUUUUAUGCUACGCCCAAAUGGGCCUGGAGACCUUGCUAUCACACUUAACUGGGAGCACGAGGGCUAUGCGUGGUUCGAUAUUGACGAGAUCCAGCAGGACGCAAACUUCCCUGGUGUGCCUCGCCUUCUUGAGAGUCUCCGACGAGUUUGGUUUCCCAUCGACAUUGGAUACAACGCAGGGGAUAUACUAUCCAACGGUCUAAAGACACUACAAGAUGACCACGUCUCAGGCGCGCGACAACUGGCCACAAAAGCCGUCGACAUCUAUGGUGAUCUACUAUCAAAGCUUGACGGUAGCGACCCCAAAAUCUUUUUUCGACAGGCAUGUAUAGCUGCAUGGCAUCUCUGGAAAAACGGCCGCGAGAGCAUGGGGGCACCGAUCCUAAACGCCAUGAUCGAAUGCCUGACUAUUGUGCAAAACCAUAUUGCCGGCUGCAACCAGGUCGACACAAAUAUCCUCUUCGCCCUCAUGUUUGCCAUUCCCGGUUCUGCAAAAUCCAGAAACGAAUAUAACACAUCCGCACUAUCCAGGCACGUCCUCAGACUCCUUUGUGGCGAUUCUCCCACUAGACCACGCACCAGACUCCUCACGCUAUCGUCUAGCUCAACAAUAUCCGCCGCCCUCACCCGCGUCAUCGAAACUUCUACUACCUCUCUCGACAUUCGCAUUCUAGAGUCCCGUCCCCUCUUUGAAGGCGCGAGUCUCGCAUCCAAACUUGCCGCAGUAUCUCCCUUUGCAGCAGCCUCCAAGCCAUCUAUAACAGUUUACCCGGACGCUGGAGUAGCUCUUGCAUGUAAAGACAUUGACUUUGUCCUCCUGGGCGCAGACAUAAUCGACAAGCAAGGCAACGUGAGCAACAAAACAGGCUCGCUGCCAGCCGUCUUAUCUGCCAAAUACAUGUGCCCAAGCUGCAAGAUCAUUGUGGUGGCGGAAAAGGACAAGAUUAUGCCGUUUGAGCCGCCGGGUCACGAGGAAAAUGACCCGAGGGAGCUCAGCUCCGCGUGGGGAGAACACAUUACUCUACAAUCUAAUGUCACGUUGAAAAAUAUCUACUUUGAAUGGGCCCCGAAUAACUUGAUAGACGGCUACAUCACUGAAGAUGGACGCAUUGCUAGCCAUGAUAUCGCACGCUUGGCGGAGCAAGUGGAAGGAAAAGCAACAGAGAUGUUUGAUUAUAUAUAAAGUUAAAGUAUGCUGCUCAUUCCUCUUUCUCGUCAGUAUUAUUUGUCGUUUUCAUGCUCGCAAGCUGGGUCUGCAAGCCCCUCUUGCUAACGUGCAUGGCCAUUUCUAAUUCCCGCUCUUCAUCACGUAAACGGGCCUUACUAGACGCAAUGUCUCGCUCACGGCGUCUCUUUUGUUCAUCAAUCAUGCGGUUAUGCUCCUCCAGCGCCUUGGACCGCUUCGCCUUGGCUUCUCGCUGCUUGCGCUUGUCUUCGUCUUCCUCAGCAGCGGCAAUGUCCUCCACAGGCGGCGGAAGCGUCUGGACAAGAGCCUCAAUCAGGGGAUCUCGGACCUUGGGGUCCAGCGAGAUGAAUCGCAAAUCGGUCAGGAUCUGGUCGGGCAGCUCGUCUACCUUGGACUGAUUGUGGAGUUGCAGAAUUGACAUGGACUUGAGGAGUGUGGUCAAGUCAGCGCGGAGCGUGGAUGGCGGAAGCUUCAGGCGGUUAAUGUGCUCGCGGUAGAGCUUCUCGCGCUCCUUGUCGGUUAGCUUCAUAUCCUUCAUCGCAUCCUCCUUUUUGUAUUUCCUCUUAAACUCUGGCCAGAAUAGCUUGGGUGUGGCUUUUUCCUGGAGGAGAGCAAGGUAGGGGAUGCGAGGAUCCGUCUUGGCCUGUCGCGCGCGCUGCUCUUUGAUUUCCGCAAUGCGUUCGCGUGUCCAUUCGUCCCAGCAUUCUUUUCUGGCUUUUGUUGUCGAUAGGGCUGUAUAUCUUUGGUCAUCGAUGAUCUUGCCUUCCUCUAUCAGCUUGUCCCACGGGCUGUAAGGGCUGAUGCGGAAGUCAUUAAGCAAAUCUUUGAAGAGGAGCUUUGCAUCCUCCUGGGAGAAUUCUACUCCCUGGGCGCCUUCUGGCCAGUCUUCCAUGUUUCCGUCAUCAUACUCUCCUGGCUCCAAGUCGUAGUCUUCACCCAUGGCUUGCAGCUGCAUUGCAAUAUCGUCUUCUGUGAACUCAAUGGGACCAGCGUCUUCCUCCUCCUCUCCUUCUUGCUCCUCUUCGUCGUCAUCUUCUGCUGCUCCUACUUGACCAUCACCCUCCAGCCUUUGCCGCUUGUGUGGGUGAUCUGUGCUUGCCUGGCCGUCAUUUUCGCCUUCGUCGUCAGUAACUUCAACCUCCUCGUAUUCAGAGCUGUCACCGGCGUCCUCUCCAGCUUCAGCUUCAGGUGGCGCAUCGUCUCCCGCCGCAGCUCGUUUUAUUCGUGCCUUGUCCAAUUCCAAUAUGGCAGGCAUCAGCUUCUCGGGGAUUCUCCAAUAGCUGGUGUUCUUUGCAGAGUUAUAGACAAAGCGCCGCGAGUACUUAGUGUAAACGAGGAUCCACGGCUCGUGGCCUGGAAUACGCUCUUUGCUUCGCGGCUUGUCGAUCGGUUGUGGUUUCGGUCGACCCUCGAAUCCUCCUCGCCCCCCUGUCUGACUACCGCGUCCAUGCUGUUGUGAUUGUGGUUGGUUGAACUGCGCCAUGUACUGAUUUGCUGCUCGAGGAUCAGCCAGCGAUGGCGCAUUGGCAUACGGAUUCGCCAGAGCUGGUUGCGCGGGCUGUGCUAUCGGCUCCACGGUCGGUCUGGUAUAUGUUGAUUCUUUGGUGUGUGCAUUAUAAUAGUACAUGUGCCCGGUGGGAGCUUUGUGCUCUGUCCAUCCGGGCGCCAGUGGCGCAAGCUCUACUGGCUUGUGUGUUGACUUUAGCGGCAUGGCAGCUAUUUAUGUGCGCAUAAUAGUAUUGAUUUCUGAACGAUUUGAUUUGGGGGGUAUGUAUUUCGUAGACUUUCGUAUAUUGUCGAAAGGGGCGUGUGGUGGCCGCCGCGCGUUGUAUGAAGAAAAAAAUGGUGAUGGAGCUUUGAAGGCAUC